AUGGAAAACGAUGAAAGGUCCAAGUGUGAAAUUCAACAAAAAGGUAUAUCUUGCUUGGAACUACCUCACAACACUUUAUCGGAGCAUGCGAUUGCAGCUGAAUUGUGAGUAAUUUGAGUAAUAAAUAGAACAUUCGCAAUUUCAGUACGGAAGUUUGUCGGUCACCCGUCGAGGGUGUAUUCGUCGUUCCAAGUUCAAAAAGCAAAUAUGGUAGAACAAAACAAUGAAAUUUUCUCAUAAUUGAAAAAACAUUCAGUGUGGAAUGGAGUAGUUUUCGUGAAGAAAGGACUGUUUGGAGGAGGAAUAUUCCGAUUCUGUCUGCUCAUACCUGAAGAAUAUCCAAAUACUGUUGUUACCCCAACUAUUGUAUUCAGAAAAACAAUAUUUCAUCCAUUGAUUGAUGCAAAAACUAAAGUUCUCGAUUUGUCCCUGUCAUUCCCUGAUGGCUGGAAAAGCGACAAACACAGUAUUAGAAGAGUCCUGACAGUAUUACCGGUAUUUUCUAUUGCAAUACUAUUAAAACUCGUUGUAUUCUCAUUACAGAGGAUAUUUCUUUCGUUCGAAUUUAGAAGUGAUAACUACGUUAAUAAACUAGCCGCUCUUCUUUAUAAAGAAAGCCGAAGGAAAUUUGCCGAUAAAGUAUUCGAAGAUGUGGAAACAAGCAGAGCAGAAGUGUACUCGGAAAUUUUAUCAGAUAAGGAUGAUAAAAGCUCUAUCAAGUAAGAUCAUAAUUCUCAUCAUUUUUUUAUUAUAGGGACAUUUCUCCGAAAUCGCCCUCUGUUUCUAAUCGCUCAGACAAAGCAAUUCGAAUCUAAUUAGAACAAAUUAGAUAAAACCACGUCUAAUUAGAUGAUUUUAAGUAGUUUCUAACGCAUCCUUUUUAGAUUCGCAAAAAAAAAACCAAGUCUAAUUAUAGUAUUUUUAGAUCGAAUGCUAGUCUAAUUAGAUUCAUAAACGGGUUUUCACAUCUAAUUAGACAAAUUGCGAAUCUAAUUAGAUGAUUUUAGUUUUUUUAGUUGAUUUCGGGGGUACCCCUGCAGAAUGGUACCCCCGUAGCAUGCUUUUGUACGCUAAAAUCGUUUCUACCCCCUUGUAGCCCGUUUUUUAAACACGUUUUUAAAAAAAAAUAAAACGUUUUUAAACAGACUGCUACCGUGGGACAAUAGAACACAUGAACCUGUGAAGAGCGUGAUGAUAGAUAUGGAAAAAGGUAAUGCAACUGCCGCCGAAUUUCGAAGAUUGCAAUUUUGUACAACACGUGAAUUGAAAUUAAAAGAAACGGUCGGAAGGAGUUUUCCUAAAUUUUAUUCUUGGUUUGAUCCACAUCAAAUGACAAUUGUAACUCGAUAUGUCACAACGACAGGCGAGGUAUUUGACGUAUAAAAAUGUUUUACAUUAAACUUUGAAUUUCAGGAAAAGUCUCUAAUUGCAAUAUGUUUUGCUGAAAAGGAUCGGCAGAAACAUGGAAUUGACCUUUUGGACCUUAGCGUGAUUGUUGUGCAUGAUUGUCAAUGA